CUCAAGAUGGCAGCGGCGUUAGAAGAAGAGUUUGAAGAUGCGCCUGACGUGGAGCCGCUGGAGCCGACAUUGAAAAACAUAAUCGAACAGAAAUCGCUGAAAUGGAUAUUCGUGGGUGGCAAAGGUGGUGUUGGCAAAACGACUUGCAGCUGCAGUUUGGCUGUACAGUUGGCAUCGGUGCGAGAGAGCGUGCUCAUCAUUUCUACCGAUCCCGCCCACAAUAUCUCUGAUGCAUUCGACCAGAAGUUCUCCAAGGUGCCCACCAAAGUUAAGGGGUAUGACAACCUCUUUGCGAUGGAGAUUGACCCGAGCCUUGGCGUGGCUGAGCUCCCAGAUGAGUUCUUUGAGGAGGACAACAUGCUGAGCAUGGGGAAGAAGAUGAUGCAGGAGGCCAUGAGCGCCUUCCCCGGCAUCGACGAGGCCAUGAGCUAUGCAGAAGUCAUGAGGCUGGUGAAAGGCAUGAACUUCUCUGUGGUGGUGUUUGACACUGCCCCCACUGGUCACACUCUGCGCCUGCUGAACUUCCCCACCAUCGUGGAGAGGGGGCUAGGCCGGCUCAUGCAGAUCAAGAACCAGAUUAGCCCUUUCAUCUCUCAGAUGUGUAACAUGCUGGGGCUGGGAGACAUGAACGCUGAUCAGCUGGCGUCCAAGCUGGAGGAGACUCUGCCUGUAAUCCGCUCGGUCAGCGAGCAGUUCAAGGACCCGGAGCAAACGACAUUCAUCUGCGUGUGUAUUGCUGAGUUCCUGUCUCUGUACGAGACGGAGCGGCUUAUACAGGAGCUGGCCAAAUGCCACAUCGACACGCACAACAUCAUCGUCAACCAGCUGGUGUUCCCCGACACUGAGCGGCCCUGCAAGAUGUGCGAGGCGCGCCAUAAGAUCCAGUCUAAGUACCUGGACCAGAUGGAAGAUUUGUAUGAGGAUUUCCACAUUGUCAAGCUGCCGCUGUUGCCCCAUGAGGUUCGAGGGGCAGACAAGGUCAACACCUUCUCCCAGCAGCUUCUGGAUCCCUACACCCCCCCCAAGAAGUGACCCUUUAAAUCCGACUCCUACUCCCCAUCCACUCUGAAUCAAGAAAUCAGCAAAACUACAAGACUCACUACGGGCAGAAACACUAGGACUCAAUGUCAUCAUCUACAAGCAGACAUGUUUAACAGGCUCCACCCCCUAUGUCUUGCCCUCUGGCUCGCUCUUUCUCUCCUUCUGUCCCACUAUACUUGAAUCUCAGUUGGGGAAGUGUCACCCAUUUUUCUAACAGACCGAAUGCCUUCUCCUACAGCUAAUUUCAGCCAUUGUGACAUUGAAUGAAGCUUUUUUUUGUCUGCCCACACUACUGAUUACACUUUGUGAUGGUAAACCAGACUGCUACUUCUCAGCAUACUACUUUUGAGUUAAAUGCCUGAUAUACAGAAUAAAUGAUAUGACCUGAUUAUGCCCAUAUAUGUAACUAAAGAUAAGAGUGUAGCAUGGCUAUACACCCCUAAACUCCUCUGAGUGGCUGAACAUGCAUUGUAAGGUGUCUUGGGAUAUGUAGUUUUGUGGUUGCUCAAUAUAUUUCAGGAACCCCUUGACACCCCUUUUGGGGUUUUUACCAGUCUAUCUACCAGUGAAUGAAAACUGAAUUUCUGUGUGUAAGGUCUGAGGUAGCUGUGAUGGAUUCUAGAUGGCAUGAGUGGAGCAUGAUGGGAUAUUGUGAGGGUUACUAUGGCCUAAUUUUUUUGUGGGUUUUCUUCCUGGAUUCUGGGCACUUUCCUAGCUUUUGUAACACCUGGCCCCGUUAUAAAUCUGAGUAGUCAAGCUGUCUUCGGGCAGCAAUAUAAAACCAUGUUAGGUGCUCUUUUUAGUUAGUCAGAGUUUUGACUUCUUGCUUUAAAAACUGCAUCUCUCCAACUGAGAUCAAAAGCAUUGAGAAUAAAAUGGAAUUUUAUCAGAUUAAUGAAAUAAGUACAAGGCAGACCAUGUGCUGAUCUGUACUUCCAUGGCUGAAAUUCAACCUGACCCAAAUCUGCUGGAUAAAACUGGCCAUUCUAAUUAUGUAUAUAGUGUAAUUAUGUAGCGUAAGCUACACAGCAUCAUUUGUGAAUGAAGAAUGUAAAUAAUCCUACCCAGGGGUGUAGGACUGGAAUCGACUAAGUUUUGUUUUGCCUCCUCCCCUGUUUCUCUGGUCUCUGUUGUGACUCAUUUGUCUCACUUGUGCAGGGACUGAAUUUAUUACAAGUCUUAAUUCUUCAGAGUCCUAUAAACCUUAGUUGGUUAAGAUUGUAAGUGCCAUGUGUGACUUCCUGUUUGGUCUCUGAUUGGCCAAUGUAAAGCGAUUCUGAUUGCUUUACUUUAUAAACCUGCAGGUUCUCACUGAGCAUGCAGAAUGCGCAGAAGUACAAGAGAACUGCCUUCACGCUGAGCUCCCUCUGCCUGAUAUCAUUCUUUCCUGAUCCCUGUGUCAAAAGCAUCCGUUAGGAGGAGGAUGGGCACCAAGGAUUCACUGUUUAAUUUGUAUUGCAAAGAUUUUAAUGCCUUCUCCCAUUUCCUUUUUUUUCUAAAGGUGAUAGUGUAAAAUCAUGUUACAGAAGUAUUAAAACACUAGCUUGAGUAAUGGUAGAAACAUUGAAUCGUUGGUUUUGAUUCCUGCUUGUAUUGGGCAUUCCACGCUUUGUCCCAGUUUAUGUUAAAAUGUAAUGGAGGAUAACCAAACAGGUCAAAUCACUGUUUGUGGCAGAUGCUCCUGUGUUCCAGUCA